GCCAACAUGACCCUGCAAUGCACCAAGUCAGCGGGACACUGGAAGAUGGUGGUGUGGGACGAGGAAGGCUUCCAGGGCCGGCGGCAUGAGUUCACGGCGGAGUGUCCCAGCGUGCUGGAGCUUGGCUUCGAGACUGUGCGAUCUCUAAAAGUGCUGAGCGGCGCGUGGGUGGGUUUUGAGCACGCCGGCUUCCAAGGCCAGCAGUAUGUGUUGGAACGCGGCGAGUACCCCUCCUGGGACGCCUGGAGCGGCAACACCGCCUACCCUGCCGAACGGCUCAGCUCCUUCCGCCCGGUGGCCUGCGCUAACCACCGCGACUCGAGGCUGACCAUCUUCGAACACGAGAACUUCCUGGGCAGGAAAGGGGAGCUGAGUGACGACUACCCCUCCCUGCAGGCCAUGGGCUGGGACAGCAACGAGGUGGGCUCCUUCCACGUCCACUCUGGCGCCUGGGUCUGCUCGCAGUACCCAGGCUACCGAGGUUUCCAGUACGUGCUGGAGUGCGACCACCACUCGGGCGACUACAAGCAUUUCCGGGAGUGGGGCUCGCACGCCCAGACCUUCCAGGUGCAAAGCAUCCGCAGGAUCCAGCAGUGA